UCCUCUGUUUUCUUCUGGCUUUCUUUAUUUAAUUUCCUUCCUCUUUUUUCCUGUUCUCUAUCUCUCUCUGGUAAUGAAUUCUGUGUCCUUAGUAGUUGGGUUGCACUUUAACCCCCUUCCUUUCACAGUGAAAUUAUUUACUAAACUCUCUCUCUCUAUGUAUCUCUCUCUCUAUCGCAUAAACAAGUAUUUCACGGUAGUGCGCAAGUAGUUUGAGGGUGUGCAAAUGUCUUAGUGUAUUUCACCCUAAUCGCUGGCAAUACACUGGCAUGAUAUUGUGAAAUUACAGGAUCAACACGGAGUUUUUUUUUCCAGUGAUCUUCAGUGUUUCCUUCGCCUGCAGCCCCAUUUAUCCCAUAAGCAAUGACUGCAACCUCUGUGCUUUGGAUUCUUGAAUGGCUCGAUCUCGGAAGUAUUUUUUCGUUUUUUGCUGUGUUUUUUAUACUUGGCGCCUUAAUAAGACAGAAAGGCCCUAAAAAUUACCCCCCAGGACCCUGGCCGUUACCUUUUGUUGGCAAUUUAUUUUCCCUCGAUUCGUCAAAAAUCCACCUUCAGUUUGCCGAGCUUUCCAAGCAAUAUGGAAACAUCUUCAGUCUUCGUUUGGGACAAAACAUCGUUGUUGUGAACGGUUUUAAACUUGUGAAAGAAGCCCUAGUUCAACGCGGGGAAAACUUUGUAGAUCGUCCAAAGACGCCUUUAUUUGAAGAUAUUGUGCAUAACCAAGGUCUGGUGAUCUCCAGUGGCUACCUGUGGAAACAACAAAGGAGGUUUGCUCUCUCAACCCUGAAGAACUUUGGACUGGGCAAAAAGAGCCUUGAGUCCUCCAUUCAGCUGGAGAGCACAUUCCUGAAUGAGGUCAUAGUCAAUACACAAGGCCAACCAUUUGACCCUCAGUUCACCGUGAACAAUGCCGUCUCCAACGUCAUCUGCUGCCUGGUGUUUGGGGAUCGCUUUGACUACAAUGACAGCUACUUCCGAACUCUGCUGAAGAUGAUCAAUGAAGCUCUUUAUUUAGAAGGAAGUAUUUGGGCUCAGAUGUAUAAUAUCUUCCCCUGGUUGAUGCGGAGAAUCCCUGGUCCCCACAAGAAAAUACUGUCACACUGGGAAACUGUGGUCUCUUUUAUCCGACUAAAAAUUAAAGAGCACCAGGAAGACUGGGACCCAUCAUCUCCGAGAGACUAUAUAGACAGCUUCCUGUCGGAGAUGGAAAAGUGGAAAGAUGAUGUUGAUGCCGGUUUUAAUGAGGAGAACUUAUGUUACUGUGCUUUGGAUCUGUUUGCUGCUGGAAGUGAAACUACAUCUACUACGCUGUACUGGGGCUUGUUGUUCAUGAUCAAAUAUCCAGACAUACAAGAGAAGGUGCAGGCUGAGAUAGACAGUGUGGUUGGACGGUCACGUCAGCCCAGCAUGGCGGACAGGCUGAACAUGCCGUACACUGACGCUGUCAUCCAUGAGAUACAGAGGAUGGGCAACAUUGUACCACUGAAUGUUGUACAUUCAGCCACAAAAGACACCGAGCUGGGUGGAUACACAAUUCCAAAGGGAACGAUGCUGAUGGGGACAUUAGACUCUGUGCUCUUUGAUGAGACUGAAUGGGAGACUCCCUUCACCUUCAAUCCUGGACAUUUCCUGGAUGCAGAGGGGAAGUUCAGGAGGAGAGAUGCCUUCCUGCCCUUUUCAGCUGGGAAGAGAGUGUGCCUGGGGGAGCAGCUGGCUCGGAUGGAGCUCUUCCUGUUCUUCACCUCCCUUCUCCAGCACUUCACCUUCUCUCCACCACCAGGGAUGGAGCCCAGUCUGGAGUUCAAACUGGGGGUCACCCGCAGCCCCAAACCCUACAAGCUGUGUGCCACCCCCCGCUAAUUUAUGUUGGAAAUAAAUCACUAACAGUUAAGUUUCUCAUAACCUUCCAUGUCACUGUACUUUAGGUGUGAUACACCUGAUAUUUCAAGAGUCAAGAUUUUGACCUUUUAUAUAAUUAAUUUAAUUUCACAAUUUAUUUGUUGAUUUUGAAAACUGCCGAUAGUGUGCGAUUGGAUGUGUGUGAGAACUGGCAUCCCAUCCAAGGAAUCUCCCUUGUGCUUACUGGGUUCCAAGCCCCCCUACGAUGCUUCAUAGGAGCAGUAGGUUGGAAGGUUGAUGGAUGGAUGGAUUUUCAAAACUGUAAAUGAUGAUGGCAAAGGAUGAAGACUCAUUUUCUCUCUGGUCAUUCUGUCAUCCUUUUUGAUUUUGUUCUUUACCCAGAUUAAGAUAUGUAGAAAUAAAGUUUGCAGUCCAGCUUUUUUGCCAUUGUUAAAAUAGGUAAGCGAUUCAUCAUCUUUGCAUUAAUCACCUCAUAUGGCAACACUUUCUGAAAUAAUGAAACUUGUCAUAGCCUAGCUAUUGUGUCACAAGUCACUCUCAAAUGCAGUUUCGGGAAUUUGGUGGUAACUCAUGAUCAAGUGCCAGUGAUAUGCGAAGAACUGCAACUAAAGAACUGCUAAAUGCUGACAUUAGGAAUGUCCCCCACCUGAGAGAAACCCAGAUGUCCGGCUGCAUGAAUCGCUAACGGCAUUCUGCUCUGAUCUUUCCACUGUAACAAGCCGCACUGCAUACAGUACAGCAGGCUUUUCACCGCAUCAUAUUUCUCCUGUUGGUUUAAUUUAUUCGAGGCAGAAAAAUUAUUCGGCCACUGAUAUUUUAUGCAGAAUUUUGUUUUGAACUCUCAACAUACCUAGGAAGUUUUAUUACAGACUUGCUCUAUUAGACUAUUAUAUACAGUAUCUAUACUUACAUUAAUCUGGGGAACAGCCUUGGAAGCUGAUGUGAAUUUUGUAUUAUCCUCAUUAAAGUCUCCCAACAGCCAUUCUUUAAGAAGUAUUGCUGUGUUUUUUUACGUUAGCUAGGCUCUUGCCAAGAUAUUCAUCCUACUAGUAUUAAUCACUGAAUAAGAUGUUGGAACGUCCUUGAUUAACGCGUAGUGUGAUUAUAGUGCAAAUAUGAGUGGCAUGUUAAUGAAUCUUAAAAUGUUUUUAAUCUUAAUGACAAUGAAAAUGAGCCAUUAAAUUGUCUUUUAAAUGCUUAUAA